GGUUUAAAAUCCGCCUCAAUGAGGACGUAGAAGAAGUAGACACUGUGCACGUGUGCAAUCAUGGCUGAAACGACUUUUCGUAAACACACGUUUUAAUACUUUGUAAAAUAUGCAUUAGAAAGAGUAUUGCAGAACGAAGUAUUGCCUUUCAACGAGAAUGUCGGACACAGAAGAGGAGGCUACCGCGCUGGAGGUGGGAGGGGCCACGGUGACUGACACCUCUGGUGAGAUGGAGGAAAGUGCGACUGAAGAGCUCGAGGACAGCCGGGAGGCGGGGAGCGAAGGCGAUGUGGAGACUGAGGAGGAAGAAAACGACGGAACGCAAGGAGAAGAUGAGGAUAAAGAUGAAGAUAAGGAGAAGUCCUCAAAAAAGAAGACUGCGCCUGGGAUAGUCUAUUUGGGGCACAUCCCGCCCAGGCUGAGGCCCAAACACAUGCGGAACAUGCUCAGUUGCUAUGGAGAAAUAGGGCGGAUAUUUCUGCAGCCUGAGGACCACUCCAUCAGGAGGAAGAAGAAGAAGACGGGCAGUAAGGCUCGCAGCUUCACGGAGGGCUGGGUGGAGUUCAGGGACAAGCGCGUGGCCAAGAAGGUGGCCGCCAGCCUGCACAACACGCCCAUGGGCGCCCGCAAGAGGAACCACUUCAGCGACGACCUCUGGUGCAUCAAGUACCUGCACAGGUUCCACUGGUGCCACCUGAGCGAGCGGCUGGCCUACGAGCAGACGGUGCGGCAGCAGCGCAUGCGCACCGAGAUCUCGCAGGCCAAGCGCGAGACCAACUUCUACCUGGCCAACGUGGAGAAGAGCCGCAACCUGGACAAGCUGAGGAAGACGAGGCAGAGGAAGGGCGAGGCGGUGGAGGAGAAGAGCUGGGACUUCACGCAGCGGCGCACCGAGGACGAGAUGCGCCAGGGCCGCCUCCGCAGGCAGGCCGUCUCCCGGAAGGGCCUGGAGAAGGCCCAGGACAAGGCCCGGCUCAUCCAGGAGAAGGCCCAGUCCAACGUGUCCCUGCUGGCCAAGAUCUUCAACAGCACGGCGCCCAGGGACUGAGCCUCUGUGUGCUCAGACCAGAGCGCCGGUGAACGGCCUGGACAGCGGCCUGUACACCUUCUCCCACCCUGUUUACUUUGUGUGUCACCGCUACACAGCCUGGACAACGGCCACCUGUACCUCCACCUGCCCACAAGACACCUUUUCUUCGCUGUGUUUAUUUUGUGUGUCACCACUACACAGCCUGGACAACAGCCACCUGUACCUCCACCUGCCCACAAGACACCUUUUCUUCCGAUGUGUUUAUUUUUGACGUCACCGCUUACCUGUGU